CGAGCAGAAGAAAGUGAAAUGAGAUUAUGAGUCGUGUAAACAACCGCCAAACGGCAACGGAACAACGGUCAGCCUGCCCCCAGCACCAGCACCAGCAACAGCAGCAGCAGCAGCAGAAAUAAGUGAAACGUGAAGUGAAAGAUACAAGUGCUCGUUGUGGUGGGAGUGCAGUGUGAGCAAAGGUACGCGGAUUUGAUAAGAGCACCACACUUUCGGAUAGGAGCCAGUCCUAUUCGCUGAAAGCAAAAAAUCUCGCACGCAGGGACGAGCAGAAGGGGUGGGCAGAGGACUUAAGCGAGCGACGCAUAACGGUGUCUUACCAGUGGACCGAGUGUCCGGCGAUCGGGGGGUAUUGAGAAUGUUGCGCCCAGUGAGAGAUAUGGUGUCCGUGAUGCUAAUGCUGGUGCUGUUGCUGCUACCGAUGCUGCACAAUGUUGCGGGAGCGCAGGGUUUCGGGCGAUGGAAUGAGACGGAACUGCUACCCGGACGGACCCGCAAUGGACGGUUUCUGUUCGAUACGCUGUUCGGGCUCAACACGGCGGCCUUCUCGCUCGAUGAUGAUGAUGACCUGAGCAACAAUCAGGUGAAAAGCUGUGAUUGUGAAUGUGGAGCAGCAAAUCAGGAGAUAAGGAUCGUCGGUGGACGACCGACCGGCGUGAACCAGUACCCCUGGCUGGCCCGGCUCGUGUACGAUGGACAGUUCCACUGCGGCGCAUCACUACUGACCCGGGAUUACGUCCUAACGGCGGCUCAUUGUGUGCGCAGGUUGAAGCGCAACAAGAUACGCGUAAUCCUCGGUGAUUACGAUCAGUUCGUAGCGCAGGAGACGCCGGCCAUUAUGCGCGCCGUAACGGCCAUCAUCCGGCACCGGAGCUUCGAUCAGAAUUCGUACAACAACGACAUCGCGCUGCUGAAGCUCCGGAAACCGGUCGAUUUCACGAAAACCAUCCGGCCGGUCUGUCUGCCAAAGGAGCGCAGUGAACCGGCUGGCCAACUCGGUACGGUGGUCGGUUGGGGCCGUACAUCCGAGGGGGGUACACUGCCCGCUCUGGUGCAGCACGUUGACGUUCCGAUUCUGACGCUGGACCAGUGCCGCAGCAUGAAGUACCGGGCAUCGCGCAUAACCUCCAACAUGCUUUGUGCGGGCAAGGGGAAGCAGGAUUCGUGUCAGGGGGAUUCUGGAGGACCGCUGCUGGUGCGUAACGGUGAUAAGCACGAGAUUGUCGGCAUCGUAUCGUGGGGUGUCGGUUGUGGCCGGGCUGGCUAUCCGGGCGUGUACACGCGGGUCGCACGCUACCUGCCCUGGCUGAGGGCAAACCUGGACGACACCUGUCUCUGCUCCAAAUUCGAGAACUACAACUAUACCUACCAUCGUGUUGUUUUGCAAACGAGCGAACGAGUGAAGCAAAGAAACAAUCGAGUCAAUUCGCGAGGAACCAAUUUGUUUGCUGCUGGUGCUGCUACUAUUGGUGCUAGAUUUCCGCUAGAGAAAUUGAGAAUGGCCGCUACAAGGCGCACUUCCGCCUGGUGUACGGUGCUGAUGGUGGUGACGUUGGUGUUGGCCAGCGGUAGCCAGCUCGCCACGGCACGGUUGCUGCAGGCCCAGGGCAAGUACGAGAUGCUUGCGACGCCCAACAAGAAUACGGACGAGCGAAGCAUCGUCGAUAACAUGAAGAUGCUGUUCGGUGCGGGAAGUAACCGGGCACCGGCACACGAUACCCCCGCCAGUGCCUGCAGUUGCCGAUGUGGCGAGCGGAACGAAGCGUCGAGGAUCGUCGGUGGGCAGGCGACGGGCGUGAACGAGUUCCCGUGGAUGGCACGGUUGAGCUACUUCAAUCGCUUCUACUGUGGCGGUAUGCUGAUCAACGAUCGUUACGUCCUCACGGCCGCGCACUGCGUCAAGGGCUUCAUGUGGUUCAUGAUCAAGGUGACGUUCGGUGAGCAUAAUCGGUGCGAUGAUUCCGUACGGCCGGAAACGCGCUUCGUACUUCGAGCGAUCGCCCAGAAGUUUAGUUUCCUGAACUUCGACAACGACAUCGCGCUGCUGCGGCUUAACGAUCGCGUACCGAUCACGGACUUUAUACGACCGAUCUGUCUACCGUCGGAUCCAAGUAAUGCGUACGUCGGCACCAACGGAACGGCGACCGGUUGGGGUACGCUGAAGGAGGACGGCAAACCGUCGUGCGUCCUGCAGGAGGUCGAAGUACCGGUCCUAUCGAACGAGGUGUGCAGCACGCAGACCAACUACACUGCCUCGAUGAUCACGGACAACAUGAUGUGCGCUGGUUAUCUGGGAGUCGGAGAGAAGGACUCGUGUCAGGGUGAUAGCGGUGGACCACUGGUUGCCGUGCGCCCCGACAAGCGCUACGAGCUGAUCGGUGUCGUCUCGUGGGGUAAUGGUUGCGCCCGUCCGUACUAUCCCGGUGUCUACACGCGUGUCACGCGCUACCUCGAUUGGAUCCGCGAGAACUCCAAGGAUGGUUGCUUCUGCAACGAAUGAACCGAACGAUCCGAUCCGAUCCGAUGCGAUGCGACUGAUGCCUGAAGCUGUGACGCCACGCUGCCAAUUGCGUGCAUUUUGUAUGUGUGUGUAGUAUGUGUUUGUGAGGAGUUAUAGUUGUGUGAUAACUGGAAGAGAGAGAGAGAGAGAACCCUGUGGGGAUUACAAGAUCACCUGCCCCUUGUACUGCCCCUCCUCCUUAACGAUUAUAGACUCUCCAGCGUUAACAGAUCGAGCACAGCACGAUCAACGACGACGACGACGACGACGGUGACGUUGGCCGUCUUUAAUUUCCGCCUCCCACAAUGCCACCUCCCUUCCUUUCCUUUCUUCAGGCGUACGACACGAUAGGGAAUACCGUUACCGUUGGGUAUUCGUGGUUGGAAUUCGAAAUCCGCUUCGCCCGAGCAUUCAGAACACGAAGUGGACCGGACAAACCAGCGAGCGACCAAGAGCAAGACUUACAGAAGACACAAACAGGACAGUCAGCUCGAGCCCGAGCCCGAGCCCGAGAGAGAGAGACACACACACACACAUGGAGCGCACAAAUGAAAGCAAAUGAAGUGGCCCCGACCUCGACGAGUGACAACGAAAAACUGAAACUGCGCCGCGACAUUCCGGGCGGCGCCCAAACGGGGUGAAGGGGUACGAAGGGGUUGGAGUGAAGAGAUGUUUUAUGAAUGGAGCAUUAUAUGUAGCCGCUUGGAGCCGCUGCUGGUUCUGGGGCACUCAAACCACAAAAAAGGGACACCAUGAGUGAAUGUUGAAGGAAGCAGGGGGGAAGAGAAAGGGGAAGGCUAGCGGGAAAAUGGGGCACCAACAACCAAUUGGGGACGGGGGGUUGUGACAUGUGUUAAAGGGGCGCCCCCCCCCCCCCACCCCGCUUCGAUCACACCGAUCCGUUGUAAAUGGUAUAUCUAUCUAAUGGGGGGGACGGGCAGGGGCAGGGUUGAUGAGUUUAAGCGGAUCGAAUCGAUUUUAAUCUUAAUUUAUAGGCGCCCUCUUCCUCCCCCGCUUUCCUGCUCGUUGGUUGCCGUUGAAAGUCAGAUUAAGAUAGGAGUAGAACAUCACGCUAGAUAGACUGUUAAUUGCAUUUCUUCGCACAGGAACUCGCCCCCUCGAACGGUCGAUGCUCGAAGAACGUUUUACCUUUAAACGAAACAUAAUAAUAACAAUAAACGUGUACGUUU